AUGGCGAACAAAACCAAGACUCUUCUCUGUCUGCUUGCCUUUAUGGCCUGGGCUGAGGCAUUCUGGCGAAUGUCAUGCAGUAUCAUCCAAACUGGACGAGUUGACCCCAUAAUUGCACCUGGGACAUUCUCAGCACAUGUCCACAAGCUCUCUGGUGCCAGCAAUAUCAACAUCAACUCAACAUUCGAGAGCCUGCAAGCAUCAAGAUGUACUUCUUGCGAAGUGCAGGAUGAUAAGUCUGCCUACUGGACACCCCAACUCUUCUACCAGCAUGCAAACGGCAGCUUCCAGAUGGUGCCGAACGGUGGCACCGUUAUAUACUAUCUUGGACGUGGAGAGAACAGGUCAAACACUGAGCCGUUCCCUCCAGGAUUUAAGAUGCUGUCUGGCGACAACUUUGUUCGUUCAUACGACUCCAAGAACAAGACAUAUGGCAACUCUAGGUUCAAGGGUCGCCCAGUGGCCGACAGAGUUAGCUUUGCCUGCCUCGACAGCUCUGGCCCUUCGAAAGAGCGCAACUACAUGUGGAAGACUGACUGCGACAAUGGCAUGAGAGCUCAAAUUCACUUUCAAUCGUGCUGGAACGGCCAAGACUACCAACGUGAUCAAAGUCAUGUCGCCUACAUGUCCCAGAUAGACAAUGGCAUCUGCCCUCCAAGCCAUCCUCGUCAGCUCCCUCACUUAUUCUUCGAGGUUAUCUAUAGUGUCAAUAACAUCGACAAAAGCAAAGGCGGGAGAUUUGUGUUUGCAAAUGGAGACACCACUGGCUACGCGUUUCACGGCGACUUCCUCAAUGGCUGGAACCCAACAGUUCUUGCGACAGCCAUCAAGAAAUGUAUCAACAACGAUUCUAUUGGCGGCGCGAUAUCCAAUUGUCCCGUACUCGCUGCUUCACAGACACCGUUCUUCAGCGAUAACUGUCCCGAGAUGGCACCUCUCGUGGAUGAGCCUAUUCGAGGCCUGCUUGAUGCUCUUCCAGGCUGUAUCAAACCUUUCAGCGGUCCUGGACGAGCAUCACCGGCAGUAUGUGACUCCAAACCCUCCAUUAACAACCUCGGCGAUGGCGGUAUUGGAACGAUGUUCGAUCCCGCCAUUGGAGAUAGUGUGGGCUCUUGGAAUUUCGUAGGCUGUGCUUUGGAAGGCACAAAGCGAACCCUGAACAAAUACGCUGUCACCUCUCGCAAUAUGUCUAUUGAGUAUUGCACGGCGUCUUGCAAGAGCCAAGGCUACCCACUUGCUGGCAUGGAGAAUGGUCGAGAGUGCUACUGUGCCAAUUUACUUACUCCAGGAGCAUCAUAUACCAAAGCUUCAACUUGUGCAUCAUCAAGAAAGAUGACAUGCGCAGGAAACAUGACCCAGUAUUGUGGAGGACCCGACUUCCUUACCAUAUGGAACGACACCUCAUAUACACCACCCGUUGAGCUUAUUGUUGGCCAGACUCAGAUCUCUUCGGGUCUGGCAACCUACUAUGGUUGUUUUGCCGAAGGAAGCAGCGGGAGGGCACUCUCGUCUGAUCGUACAGCAGACGUUGUCGGCAUGACCAACGAACAAUGUGUCGCGUUUUGCCAGGCAGGAGGUUGGGCGUAUGCCGGCACAGAGUAUUCCCAAGAAUGCUACUGCGGCAACGAGAUCGGCAAUGGCGGAUACGACACGACCGAUAUCUCCCAAUGCUCGAUGCAGUGCAAGGGUAACAUCUUCAGUUACUGUGGUGCCGGAAACAGAUUGAGUGUUUGGAAGAUCAAACAAUCCGAUCAACCCAAAGGCCCCAUUACGGCUCUCAAUGGAGCUGCACUCUGGUCAGGAUGCUAUACAGACGGAGGGCCAGGUGGACGAACACUCCCAAGUGCUGUUUUCACCGGUUCUUCUGUUUCACUCGACACAUGCUUCUCCUUCUGCAACAAGCUCAACUACCCUCUCUUUGGAAUGGAGUAUGGACGAGAGUGUUACUGCGGCUAUGCGCAGAAGACCCAGGCCACACUGGCGCCAGAUGGCGACUGCAAGACACCUUGUGCUGGCGAUUCUACCCAGAAGUGUGGUGCUGGUAAUCGUAUUUCCAUCUGGAAUAAUACGCUUUACACACCUACAAUUAGCACGGAGGGGCUCAAUACUCCCCCCAAGUACCUCGGCUGUUAUACAGAAGGCAAGAAUGGCCGUGCUCUUGGAGAUGCCAAAACUACGGAUAAGAAGAUGACACUUGAUAUUUGUGCAACAUUCUGUUCAAGCAAAGGCUAUCCCUACUUGGGAGUUGAGAGCGGAAAGGAUUGCUACUGUGGUAAGAAAGGACCAUCUAGCGGCAGUGUUGAGGCUCCUUCGUCGGAGUGUAGUGUCCCUUGCAAGGGAGACAAGUCACAGAAAUGCGGCGCGACCAACAGACUCAACGUAUACAAGCUUGCCAGAGUGUCUAAAAGCAGCUCCUCUGCCAAGACAACAUCGAAAGCUGCCGCAGUAAAUAUUCAAGGUCACAAGCCUACAUCGAAACAUGCCACCGGCAAUUCGAAAACGACUCUUUUGACUGCCACAACUAAGGCUCCAUCAAAAGCCACGACGUCGACUACGAAAGUCGGGAAUAGCAAGGCAAAGUCUACGUCGACCCUGAAGACAAAGACAAAGGCGCAGGUUAAAACAACCUCGAAGCCUGCGAAGACAACACAAAGUACAACAAAGUCGACAAGAACGACUUUAAAGGCGAAGAAGACGGGUUCGCCACGGGUAGUGAGGAUAUGA